CUCUAUUAACACAACUACUAUUAAAACAUGACUGACGCUGCUGAUAUUGGUAUAACUUCUGGACACCCUGGCGAUGCGCUUUGCGUUGGCAACCUCGAGCGAGCAGGUGCAAAAGCUGAUUACUACUUUACUCGUGCCCCUGCUGGACAAACUGGACAGUGCCAGCGCCGCAGUCAAGGCAAAGAUUAUCGGGCUGCUCGGGCAGAUCAAUCGAAAACUGAAAAGCAACCCAGAGGUUAAGCUUCCCAUCGAGGCACUAGCAGAAUCGACGCUCACAAAGACGGCAACCGGAUACUCGCAAAGCUUUAAACUUAUGUAUGUUCCCAUGGCGGUUGAGCGUGCCGACGAGGACCAGCUUGUAUCUAUACUGCCGCGCAUUCUUGACGGCACACGUGGAAGACCGAUGUCGCAGCUCGUGGUGCUGGUCACAGCCCUGUUCACGGCUCUGCAAAAAGUGAUAAAGUUGACCGACUGUCAGAUUAAGGGACUGGGAUUUGGCAACAGCUUUCCGCACCGAGGUGAAAUGUUUUUAAAGUAUGCUGCCGACCUGUUUAUGCUCAAUCCCGUUCAGCCUGGCGUACAAACUGCGAAUAUCCCUGUGGCAAUGGGCCUAAGCAGCAGCGCUCAACUGACUAUUACCAACGAGGGCAAAGCGCCAUGGGUGUCCAAUGCAAAACUUCUGGAAGAGAUUAAGCUGAGCGUCCUGCAUAUUGUUUCCUCGGAACUAGCGUUUCCUAACGAUGUGGCAGAUGGCGUUCAUGAGCAUAGACUGCUCGCGCUGCUCUACGCCAGCUGCGACCCAUUUUUUCCGCAAGUUGCUAGCCAGGGCAAGGAUUCGCUCAAGCGCCUUCGACCGGUAGAUGUCGACUCGAAAACAUUUGUGGAUGCAGCCUUUAGCAUGUUUUUGGGCAGCGGCAACGAUAAGAGCAGGCGCUCACCCGUUGCAGUAGCUGUCAGACUCAGACUGUUCAGCUUUCUCAGCAAAUCGGCAACAGCGGUAGCCAUGUUUCCCCAGUGCGCACAAGUGAUCUCUCAAACGCUGUUUGGCACAGGCACAGGCACAACAAACAACCUGCGCCGCCAAGGAAUGGCAUUCUUGCAAUGGGUAGUCAGAACCGCGCCUCAACCCAAGCUUGACGACGUCGCAAAUGGCUUAAUGCAGAUGAUUCGCCAAUUGUUAGUGUCCGAUGACGCAGAAUCUGGAUUGGGUGGCUCGUUUAACGAUGAUGUCGUGCGUGGCUCAGCGUUUGUCGCCUGGGGAACCCUGACAAGGCGUGUGCCAUCGCUGGUUACUGCCGAUCUGGAGGGCCUGCAGGCUCUGUUCGGCGCGUUCAGUGUGGAGCCGCCCAGUAUUCACAUCAGCAUCCAGGAGGCGCUCUUGGCAAUGCUUCCGGCAUACGAGUUUGGUAAGCUUAGCAAAGAGACCGAGGACACCCUGCUCGCGUUCUUGCAGGUACAGCUAAAGUCGACAAUUCAUCAGGCUAGGUACUGUGCUCUGCGUUAUGCCAUAGCCGCAUUUCCAUUCGCGAACAUGGAAGCUCGGUGGCUAUGUUUGCUGGCGCUUGCUGACUCGAAGCCCGAAAUCCAGAGUCUCGCCCACUCGGGACUGGCGAUUACGCUUGAUGCCAAAUCAGCGCCGGAGAUGAGGACUGCUAAUUUGCCACAGCUGGCUGGCGCCAUUCGCUUUCUGCACAAGAGGGUUGCCGAGGCCUUGCAACUGAGCUCCGACCAGCAGUCAGCGGCUAGAGCGCGGGCCAAUGCAAUCAACCCACUGAUUUACAGCGGUAUUGUCGACUUUGGGAGACUUCUUAUUCUGGCCACCGGAUUACUUCAGCUAAGCGGAGCGCAAGACUGUGAAGGCGAUUUUGCAUCAAUGUUUGUUGCGUUUUCGAUGACAUUGGCGGAUGUGCAGCCGCUCUCGUUACAGCCGCUGCGCAAGGGCAUGCGUGCGGCACUUAGAUCGAUGGACGCAGACAUUGACACAGUGGUUGCUGGUGCUGUUAGCACUUCUGUUUCCAGCGCGUGGAUGGAGAUUGUUGUGGUUGCGCUGACAGUUUCUCGGGUUUUUGAGUCUGGCGCCCUGAGCAGGUCUCUGAUGUGUUUAGUUGAACUACUAUCAUUGGGCCAGCCCAGCGCGUCGCUUGCGCUGUUUGACAAGAGACAGAUGCUGCUUCCGCUCAUGGAGGCCCGUGAUUUCACUGUGCAGCAGUCCGCGGUCCGGGCACUGGCGACUGUGUUUGCAACCAAGCUAUGGGCCGAUGGGCAGCCCGGUGGCCAGCUGGAGCGCGCGUUUUGGAACGACCAGGUGGCUUUGUUUAUGGCUGAGCUUUUAGCUACCGCCAACGAGCCCGAGCACCCAAAACUGAUCGACAAGAUCCAAGGCGCAACCCUAGCGCUUGGCUAUAUAGCGUAUGGGCUGGAUGUCGCUCGCACGGCGCUGAGACAGUCGUGGGCUGGUUUGGGUCUUUCCGGUCUGGGAGUCGUCAUUGAAAAUACACGGUUGACCCUGCUUCAAAAAAUUCAGCUUGCGAGCAAGGCGUCAAUUUUCCCCAUCACCACGGUAUCCCAGUGCAUGGCAGUUGGGACAUUGGGCAUGUCCGCGCUUGCAGACGAUCUGCAGCAGAAUCAGCUGUCAGCCACAGACGGUGAAGCUGUUAUGGCAGCGAUGGUGAACCUUGCCAAGAUAGCUACCACUACAAAACAGCAGGACGCGGUAUUCGAUGGGUUGGCGCAGAUAGUGCUUGGAAGCCCACAAUUGGCAGCGUCGCUGAUCGAGUCCAUGCAGGCACUGGCCCGGUCGGUCAACAAGAAGAAAUUGGACCUGCAUUUUAAAAUGGGCCGGGCGCUGGCAUUGUCCCUGGGGCGAUUCAAGUGCUCACUGAUGGAGCUGGAGUGGAUUUUCCCGAUCGAUCCAGCCGCGGUGUAUAACAAAAAACAACUCAAUGCAAACUCGGAUGCCCUCGAAACGCUUUUAGAACUAAUUGCGGACAAGCUGGCUGUAUCGACAAAUCUACAGGACCGACAGGCGGCCGUUGUGUGGGCGCUGUCAUUGGUACAGCUGUGUCCUAGCAUGGCACAGCUGAAACCGUGGCUGCCGAGACUACACGCCUGCGUGUGUGCACUGCUGACAGAUCGCGAUGAGUUUGUGCGAGAGCUGGCCUCGAACGCCUUGGCGCUCAUAUACGAGAUGGGCGAUGUUUUUUCAAAGGAGGACAUGAUGGUCUCGUUGAAGAUGCUUUUUGGGAGUAACAAUGACAAGCCAGCCGACGCCACGGGCUUGUCCGUGGAGCGCCAGGCAACAGGGCAGCAGCGAGCAGCAGAAGGGCGCACAGCCAACCCCACAUUCAAGUGCAUAUUGUCGUUGGCUAUGGACAUGCGCAACCCGUCGCUUUUCUAUCCCCUCAUCCAGUUGGCAUCCCAGGCGCCAUCGCUCGGCGGUAGUGGCAGUGGUAGCACUACCAGUGGAAGAUACGGACAUUCAUAUGGCCUAUCCGCAAAUAUCGAGCGCGCGUGCGCGGCAGUGCAGCCACAUAUCCGCCCGGUCAUUCCCAAACUGUUCCGGAGCACGUUUGAUCCGAAUCCGCAAACACAGACUGCAAUGAAGGGAAUUUGGCAUACCCUGCUAAAGUUCAAAGCGUUUGCAAAGACUGCGCCCGCUGGUUCUCAGGACAUCAACGACUCAGAUUCGGACGCAGGUAUGAUGGAACUUUUCUGGGAUGUUAUCAUUGAGGAAUGUCUGUCGAGCAUGGGCCAGUUCGAGUGGCAGGUGCGCGAAAGUGGCUGUAAUGCAUUGGCCAGCGCGCUGUAUGGUGUCAAUCCGGAUCGCAUAGUGCCAUAUCUGGAGAGGAUCUGGCAGAUGUCAUUCCGCGCGCUCGAUGACAUUAAAGCCACGGUUCGGGAGUCUGGGUUGAAGGCAUGCCAGGCUCUUGCAAAUUCGACUGUUUCGUGGUGCACACCUCGCAUUCCGCCCAACGAAAAGCACGCCCAGCACGCCCAGUCGGUGCUGGCUAUAGUAAUGCCUUUCCUCAUCGACAAGGGCAUUGUUUCGGACGCCGAAGAUGUGCGUCAAUUCGGCACGGGCCUGGCACUCAAGCUCUGCCGCACCAGUGGUGCCUAUCUCUCGCCAUUCGUGCCGGCUAUUGCUGAGCGCAUGCUGGAGUCGCUCUCGAACAUGGAGCCACAGGCGGCAAACUAUCUGACUUUUCACGCGAACGAGCAUAACAUGUCACCAGAGCAGCUUGAGUCUCUCCGACUGAGCGCAGUUAAGGCAUCGCCAAUAAUGCAAGGCAUUGAGCUCGCGCUAGACCAGCUCAACCCGCAAGGUAUGGCCGAGCUGGUGCCCCGACUGCAGAACAUCAUCCGCCAUGGAAUUGGGAUGGCCACGCGAGCCGGCUGUGCGCGGACCGUAGCCAUACUAUGCGUCAAGCAAUUGGAGCUUGUAGAGCCUCAUUCUGGAGCGUUGGUCAAGGCGAUCAGUGGUUCGCUGACCGAGAGCUCAGCCAUGCAGCGGCAGGCAUGGGCGUCGUCGAUUGGAUACAUGGCCGGGAUGCUCACGCCGGGCAUGCUUCGCAACCUGCUCCGACACCUAGAAAAGACAUACUUUGGCAAGUACGAGAGCGAUGUCCGCGACGUGUCUGGUCAGGUGCUGCAGCAGCUGGCGCGCAACUGUCCCGAGAAACUGCGCCAGCAUGCUGGUGAAGCUGGCGCAAUGUCAUUUAUUCUGUUUGGGUGUCGGGAUUCAGACGAACAUAUUGCAGAGGCGUUCCAGAGCGCGUGGCAAGAGUGCGUCUUGGGCCUUGGCACAGCAGUUGUCGGGGGCCACUUGACAGAGUUGCUCAAUUUGCCACUGAAGCAUCUUGCCGACGACCGGUGGCACUGUCGCAUUCAGAGCGCCAAAACAAUUGUCGAUGUGACUCGCAUGCUAGAGCGCACAUCCAGAGCGGCAGCCAGCGCUAGCAUCAGCGCCAGUAACAUUGACGGUGGCGUGGCGCUGCCCAACGAUGCGCUCUCCACACUGGCACAGAUGACGCUUCCCGAGCUCAUCAAGACAUCGCAGGGCAGCAUGUGGCCUGGCAAAGAGCACGUUCUAGAGUGCCUGGUGCGAGUGUGUGCGGCGAACUCGCGGCUAUUCGGCGACAUGGUGGCAGACAACGAUGGCACAAAUGUUACAGGCGUAGACAGUGACACCCCGCUUGUCGUGUAUGCCAUUCUACUGAAGCAGCUCGAUGUUGGAACAGCCGCAUACCAGCGGGCAGCCGUUGGCCACUACAACUCGCUUGUCACUGCGUUGUCGCCAUCCGACAUCUACAGUAUGGUGUCCGAUGUGCUUCUGAAAACCGUCCGGCAGAGCGUUUCUGCAGCUACGGCCCCUGAUGCGGAUGGUGAUGAGCCGAUGCAGCAGCCGCAGCAACUAAUGCUCAUUGCGGCAGCCACCAAGGCUUUGCUUUUGUCGCUUCCCACAACUCGCGUGCUGACUGCCAAUGAGUCGGGCUGCCUAUCAGCGGCACUGAAAGAAAAUGCGCGGACUGGCGUGUGGAAUAUCCGUGUUGCCAGCCUUGAGGGUUUGGCUGCACUGAGCAAGCACUGCGCCAGAAACUGGAACACCCUGUGCGCGAUGGAUGUUGGCGUCGUGCUUGGUGCUGUCAGGGCCUGCGCAACCGAAGGCAAGUACUUGGCUGUACGAACAGCAGCACUUGACUCUCUCGAGGCCCUGUUUUCAGCGCUGCGGGAAGCUCCAGGUGACGCAGCGGCAUGGCGUGCAGAGGCGCGUGCUAUCCUGGAGCUGCUGCUGCUGGACUCGGCACCCAGUAUAGCUGAUCGCGCCAAGGAUCUCGGCCCACAGUGGACGACCGCAUAAAUCAUUUCUCAAAUGACAUUUUAAAUUUUGUGCAUGUGUCAUAAAGCUACCAUUGUCAUCGUCGCCCGAUUUAAUAUAUAAGAUCUUUUCCUGCAUUUGGCUGGCGUCGCAGUGAGCGGCACCACUCAUAGCG